AUGAGCAGACAAACUAAUCCUGCUGCCAUCGCUGCUGCCACAGCCUCACAACCAUCUUCCAACAACUCGGUGGUGGGGCUCCACUACAAGAUCGGGAAGAAGAUUGGCGAAGGGUCGUUUGGGGUGAUUUUCGAAGGAACAAAUAUCAUCAACGGCGUGCCGGUCGCCAUCAAGUUUGAGCCCCGCAAGACGGAGGCUCCUCAAUUGCGUGACGAGUACCGCACCUACAAGCAUUUGCAAGGGUGCGAGGGCGUUCCUAAUGCCUACUACUUUGGCCAGGAAGGCUUGCACAACAUUUUGGUUAUCGAUUUGCUCGGACCGUCGUUGGAGGAUCUUUUCGAUUGGUGUGGUCGUCGGUUCAGCGUGAAGACGGUGGUGCAAAUUGCCGUGCAAAUGUUGAAUUUGGUCGAGGAAGUACAUCGCCAUGACUUGAUUUACCGUGAUAUCAAGCCGGAUAAUUUUUUGAUAGGCCGUCCACAAAUGCCCGAUGAAAAUGCAGUUCAUCUCAUUGAUUUUGGAAUGGCUAAACAGUACCGGGACCCUCGUACAAAGCAGCACAUUCCGUACCGCGAGAAGAAGUCGUUGAGCGGCACUGCUCGUUACAUGUCCAUCAACACUCAUUUGGGCAGAGAACAGCUGAGACGUGAUGACCUUGAAGCAUUGGGCCAUGUAUUUUUCUAUUUUUUGAGAGGACAAUUGCCAUGGCAAGGAUUGAAGGCACCCACUAAUAAGCAAAAGUACGAGAAAAUUGGUGACAAAAAACGUACCACUCCUGCCGUCACCUUGUGCGACGGAUUGCCUCGCCAGUUUGCCGAGUACUUGGACCUGGUGCGGUCGCUUCCUUUCGAUGCCGAGCCGGCGUACGAAGAGUACAGAAUGCUCUUUUUGUCGAUAUUAGACGACUUGGGACAAUCUUGUGACGGGGACUUUGAUUGGUUGCAUCUUAACGGCGGGAAAGGAUGGGAUGCCACCAUCAACAAAAAGCCCAAUUUGCACGGGUAUGGCCAUCCUAAUCCCCCCAACGAUAGAGAUAGAAGACACAGAGACCAGCGGCGGCUGCGCGCACAUCACCAAACCAGCCUGGGCCAGCAAUCACCAGCUCAACAGCAGCAAUUGUCAGCAGCUCAGCUUCACCAACAAAAGUUGCAGCAUUUGGUCAACCGUCCUCUUCCUCCUAUCAAGCAGGAGCUGGGUCCCGUUCCAGAUAUGAUGGCCAAGAACAACGGAUUGGCUAACAAUUACGAUAGUUCUCCUGGUCACCAUGCCAACCAAUACGAGCAACAGCAGGUCAAUGAUCAUGAGGAAAAAACCUUUUGGAACAAGUUGUGUUGCCAGUAA